UUACGGUUUUGGCGCCAUUUCUGCGAGCGUGAAUUCUCCCGCGCUCUGCGGCGCACGGCGUGAGUUGUGAUCGUAAUGACCGAGUGGCCGAGCGAUCGAGUGACCCAGUGACCUCGGUUCAUCAGCGAGUGCUGCGACUACCAUCAUCGCGUGCGGCUCGCACGGCGCCUCGCCGCGUGUGCUGCGUUCACGCGCUUCGCUGCACAGCGAAUGGUGAUCCAGGACAUCAUGGUGGGUGCUUUGGCUAUGGAGUCAGUGGUUGAAGACUAUGGACAUCAGCGAGCACAGCAAGAGUGUAAGAAGAGCCGGAGCGACUCGGACGACAGAGUCGUGCGUCCCCGCGCCAUCACCAGUUACUUCACUCCCCUGCGGCGCCAGCAGGACGACGCGGCAGAGGUGGCGGUGACAUCUGUGCCGCGUCCCGCCGAUCUGCUGGGAUACUUCCCCAGGGUGGAGAGGGCUCCCUCUGUAGAGGGGAAGGGCGGCAGGGCCGAUGGCAAGAAGGUCACACACGCUGCGAUGAAGAAUCGAGAUGAAAGUGGGAGGAAGAAAGAUGAUGUGGAAGAAUCGGCGAAGGAGAAACGUCAAAGCGAGGGUGGUCGUGCGAGAUUGUCCAGGAGAAAAGCUGCGGCCUUGGCGAGCAAUGGCGGUUCUAGCUCCACAAACAAACCUGUGAGAAACAGCCCGAAGAUGGACAUUCUGCUCCUCUCCGACAGCUCCUCAAGCCAGGACACCGUCUUGAAACCGAUCGAGUUUGGCGUGGACUCGGCCUCAGUAGAAAUGGCCGCGUCGGUGCAAGUGAAGCGUUGCUCAGUGGACACCAAAGCCGUCGAUUCCUCCGCUCGACGAACUGAAUCAGUUUGGGAAAACAGCAGCGGUGCAGCCGACACGAGCACGCUCAACACCUCGCUGGAGGUAAAUGUGACUUCUCUAUCUAGCGAGCAGGAGGGACUGAUGACCAUCUCCUACGAAGACUUUAUCAUUAGCUGCCAACAAUCUGAAGACGGGAGUGGGAAUGCACCCGAUGUGGAAUCUGCUGGUCUUUGUUCAUUGUUGGGUGAGGGUUCCGGUGCCAAGUCGAGCGCCGUUGCUGGUGAGGCCAUGCCGGAUGUACGGACACCAUCCCCCGCCACGCGAGGUGCAUCGCCCACACUGGUCACGGUGAGCGUGGAGGUGCACUCCUCUCCCGAGCACGAGGCACUCGCCACCCCUAGGGAAAGCCCAGCAAAGCAGAAGAGGGUAGCAAAUAUAUUCAACCUGAGCAAGAAGAAGAAGCAGCCCAGCACAGAUCUGGUGAGCAGGCCCACGGCUUCGGGAAGAAGCGAUCUGUCUAGGAGACAAAGUAAAGCUCUCAAAGGUAAUGUCACGGCAUCGGGGACACAACGUUUUCCAAAAAAACUUGCAGAUGAUCCGGAAUCAAAAUGUGUUGCAUCUCCUGCCCCGACUGGAGCAACCGCACAUGACGCGGUGAUGCAGGAAUGCCGACACUCAAACGUCGCGGUACUGGUGGACGACGAGCUGCUGGAGUUGGAUGCCAACGGCUUUCCAGUCGUGCCGGCCUGCAGCAAGGCCGAGCGGCGCGAGUUUAUGGCAGCAUUUACCAAACCCAGGAGCAACACGCUCAAGAGCCGUGGCACCCAGCACAAGAGUGCCACGUCGCUGAGAGAGAGACUGCAGGAUGAGCAGGUUUCCCCGGCAAGCGAUGGUGAUGCGGAGAGUGGACAUCCAUCGAAGUGCGUGGCUGAAGCUGGACGGAGGUUGACAAAGCGAAGGCGGAGAGGUGGCGGCCAGAUCCCCGAGUCCGAAGAGGAGGCAACUUUGCCCGCUAAGCAGGACAAGGCAUCAAAACCGGCAACAAACACUGGGAGAAAAAUAGUACUGUCACCCACGCAGCAGGAGGAGCUAUCGGGCCGAGGCGCUCGCGAGAAAGGGAAAGAAAAGGCCCAGAGAGCAGUGUCAGCUAGUGGAGAUGCCGUAAAAGUGGAUGAGCAGGAAGUAGAGACAUUCGACAAGUCAAGUGCGGUGAUCAUGGGACGUAAACCCAGGAAACGGAAUGAGACUUUAGCAAGUGUUCACGGCGCAGAUGUAAAGGAACGGCAGAGUUUACCCACACGGACCAGGCGGUCAGUCACACGGAGCGAAGCUGAAACCAGAGAUGCCGACGUGAACAAGAAAUCCGCAGAUUCGGCGGAACUGCCAGCUGAGUCGCCGGUGAUUCGUCCGAGGAGGAAAUGUGCGCACGCUUUGCCGGCGAGUGCCGGUGGGGAAAGCAAAAGGGACGCUCUGCAGUCGGGUGAAGACGCAGCUUCGCCAAAAAUGCUUCGGAAGAGCCAGGGCAGGCGGCUGAACUUUGAUGGUGAAGCCGGUGAGGUGGGAACAGGACGGAGAGAUGCUUCUGCAUUGGGUGUCUAUCGCUCCGAGCUGCUGUCUGCCUACGGCCCCUUUAGGUUAAAGCUGACGAGGGUUAUAUCUGAAAACGUGGAGAUUGGCUCCUCCGAUGAAGAACUGUUCACCCCCUGCAGCUCUAAGCUGAUGAAGAAAUCUAAGAAGCGAAUCGACAAAGUUGGAGAGAAGGAGGAGGAGGAAAAGAAGCCGGAGGCACAGGCAACUUUGCGGCGCUCGUGCAGGCAGAAGAGCUCGCCUUUGGUAGUGGAAGAUGAAGAGGAGGAUGGUGGUAUUGGUCGUCGUGAAGCUCGCCGGAGGGUGGCUCCCAGGGGCCCAGGCCAGCGGAGCAUCAACGACGUCCUGGGGAAAGUGGCGACAUUGAAGCCUGACGGGAGGUCUCGCCACGCCAUAGCUCAGGGAAAGGCAGCAUCUAUCGCCCCCUUUGGAAGGAAGUCGGCACGAGUCCAGCUCUCUCAAGGCGACGGGAUCUGCGUCAUGGUCGAGAGCAGCUCCGAGUGCUCGGAGGAGUCGAGCGAUGGAGAGGCUUCCCGCUCGCGGCGCGAAUUCCUCAAGAGUGGCCUCCCCGACAGGCUGCUCCGUCAGCGGGCCCGUGAGGCCGCCACCCUGGAUGCCUACGCCACGGCCUUCGAGGCCUUCCCGACCACCACUCACGUGCAGCAGAAGGAGCUUGACUGUGAACUCUGGUCCUUGCCGUUCCCCACGUCCACCCUGUUGCGCACCCUGGCUGGGCAUGCCGAGACUCCCGCCGUGCAUGCUGGGAUGCUGGUAGGGCGGCUGCCCGCCCUGGAGCUGGGGCUGUUUACAUGGGCCAAGCGGUUGGCGGCACGAGGCCUUGUGCGCCGCGAGUCCGGCACGCGGUCAACCCUGGCCAGCGUGGCACGGCAGGCGUUGCUGGCCGACGUGAAAGCGGCGCACCCGAAAUUCCCAGCGCGGAGGUUCCUCACCCAGAUGCAGACGCGCGACACCGCCGCCACCUCCACCAAUGGCGAUGGGGCCACUGUCGGUGCUACCAAGGAGCUGGCGAUAGUGGUGACGGGCGGCUCCAUGCAGCGCAAGCGCAAAGCAGAUGAUGGCUCCGGUGCCGGGGCGCAGAGGCCCAAGAAGUGCCGGGGUUAUGCGGACCCACAGACUCACGCCGAUGAACAGGAGGUGAUUGUCAUCAAUGAUGAUGGCAAAGGUGAGCCCCCUGCGGCGAAGGAGGGCAGCAGUUUGAGGAGACGGAGAGGUCGUUCCUCCGUUACAGCUGUGUUGCAGGAGGAGGGGAGGACGGAUUGCGGGAAGUCACUACGAAAGGCUGCUCAAGCCUCUGAAGACGUUCUGGGUGAGGUGUGUGACGAUCUGCUGUGGACGGAGAAAUACCAGCCACGCAGCAAGGAUGAGAUUAUCGGCAACUCGGCAGCUGUGCGCAAGCUUCACGGCUGGCUGAAAGAGUGGAAAAGCCGUGCCAACCGGGAAGCAGAGCGGGCCAGUCGGAGGGAGAAGACGGAAUCGCAAGUGAAGAUGUUUAAAGGUUCAGGGUCUGAAAGUGAUUUCCAGUCAGAGAGUGGCGACGAUCAGAGCAGCAGCUCGGAGGAUGAGGACUCGCUGUGCCACGGCAUGCUGCUCACCGGGCCCCCCGGCGUCGGCAAAACGGCCGCCGUCUACGCCUGCGCCCAGGAGCUCGGCUUUAAGGUAUUUGAGGUGAACUGCUCAUCGCAGCGCAGCGGGCGCCACAUCCUGGCGCAGCUGCGAGAAGCGACGCAGUCGCACCAGGUGAGCAAGCAGCGUGCGGGCGGGCAAGGCUCCGUCUUGCGGGCGCCGGCGACCGCCUCAUCCAGCGCAGCCGGCGACAGCAGACCCGCAAGCAAGCAGCAGGGAAUGUCGGCAAGGCACUCCUCGCCGGUCAAGGUGCUCCGCUCUCCGCGGAAGCGCCCCGUGUCACCCCGCAGUUCCGCUGCCUCCACCAAGAACAAACAACUCCCAGCCGCCUUCGCCAACUUCUUCAAAGUACAUUCUGGAAAGGGGUCGGGGGAUUCUGAUAAAGAACCAGCUAAGAAAAAACCGAGCCGGGAGCCCAAGCAGAAUAAACGAGCUGAAGGAACGCCUGCUGAGGUCGGGGUUCAGCAGAGCGCCGCCGGCUCUGUCUCCACCGGCUCGCGGAGCAGGAAGCACGCGGCCGCCACCUCCCUCAUCCUCUUCGAGGAGGUGGACGUAGUGUUUGAUGACGACACCGGCUUCCUGUCUGCGAUCAAAACAUUCAUGGUGACCACGAAGCGACCGAUAGUCCUCAUCACGUCUGAUCCGACGUUCUACUUGACAUUCGAUGGACACUACGAGCAAAUACGCUUCAAAACGCCGUCCAUGGCCAGGGUGGUGCCGUACCUGCAGGUGGCGUGCCUGGCGGAGGGCUUGCGCGUGUCCGUGGCGGACGUGGAGGCCCUGCUGGCGCACACGCGAGGGGACGUGCGCCGCGCCCUCCUCUCGCUGCAGUUGUGGGCGUGCAGCGGAGGAGCCGCCCUUGGAGAAGCCCAGCCUCAGCCCCCUUACGAGAGGGACGAGGGUGAGGGAGUCGGGUGUGAGGCCGUGUUGCCUCAGGCAGCCCAGGGUGAGACGCACUGUUCGGAGAGCUUGCUGGGGCUCAGUGAGCUGCUGGGCAGCCAUGGCAGCCUCUACACUUUGCUCACGGAGGCGGAGAGCGGUGGCUCCCUGGCGAGGCAGGUUCACGCCCUGACCGAGACGCAGCGGCUGGGGCUGGACUUUGUCCGCUGCAACUGGGAGCUGCUACUUCCACUCCUCGUGGCGCGCUGCCCUGCUGCCCCCACUCCACUGAGCGGCGCUCCGCCUGCCGCCGUUACCCCCGUGCCGGAAGGGAACAUGCAGUCGAAGCUGGGGCCGGAAUACGAGGAUGACUCCAGCCCCGUGAAGGCUCCACUUCUGGGAAGAUCACGACAGCGGCGACGCGGGCUGAUAUUUUUCGACAGCGAUGUUUAUGACUCGGAGGAGAGUUCCCGCGAUGCCGCACGCACGCCGCAGAACCCAAACGCGUCGAACGUGGAUUCCGAAAUCAGCAAUGGCGCGGCUGAAAGCUGUGGGGCCCAGCGCCGGAUGCAAACGAGGCAGCGAGGUCCAGUGGGCACAGACGGAGGCGAGCGGGCAAAUUCGAUCGACGGCGCUGAGUCGGGUGGCAGGGUCGGUCCGGUCGUGAGACCUCGCAGCGACGGGGAGCGACGGGCGGCACGGGCAGGGCUGCACUGCCUGGACGCGGUGUCGCAGCUCGCGAACGCGUUCUCGUGCACGGACUACCGCCUGGCACAACGCGGUAGGGAGGCCGAGGGGCCGUGCGGUGCCGGCCUGUUGGACUGGUGGCCUGCCCAGUGCAGGAGUGGCCUCCUCGACGCCAGCCGCAUCGGCGGGUGGGACACGGGGGCCGAUAUGCGGGACGGGGUUGGCUCUGAGAUCCGCGCGACUGUGGAGGCACUAGCUCUAAGGAGGUGCCGGAGUGAAAUCUCUCUUGCACUGGAAUCGCCGGACCUGGGACCGGAAGUUAGACAAAGCCUGAGCCUGCAAGUUCCUGAAGGCAAGGAGGCAUCCAGGUUUCUGCCCGAGAGCUUGGAGGUCUCUAGGGCGAGUGAGGAGCGGAGGGCGCUGGCGCAGCUCGUGGCUCCCGGCUGUGUGGCGCUGAGCUCGCUGUGCGCGCGCCGCGCUGUCGCCGUCGACUACCUGCCGGCACUGCGCCAGCUGUGCCGCACGGAGCGCCGGCGUGAGGAGACACAUUCCAAGCGCAGGUUCCACCAUUAUCUGGAGGAGAAGUUGGAGCUCUCACGGUCAACAUUUGGCGCACUGGCUGCUGACUUCCCAUGAUCUUUUGGAGCUGUCAUGGGACUCUUAUUAUCAUUUGAGGUCACAUCAAAUUACUUCAUGACCUUUUCAGGCCCAUUCAGGUGUGCAGCUAUCAUAAAGAACGAAUUUGUGCGACCAGGUUGUCUUAUCUAAUUAUUGGCUCUGCUCUGUUUCCUUCGUUACAUUUAAAGUUAUUGCAGUGUCUUUCAAUUAUAAUACAGUACAGUUCACCAGAGCUGAGUUAUACAGUGUAUUUUUAACAUGACCAUUUUAUAUAAUAAAACAUACAACAAACACUGCAGACAUUGCAAUUUUGAUUGGACUGUAACUGUACAGGUUUGCCUUUGUUCCAGACCACUUGUUUCAACACCUGAUUUACGCCAACCUUACCAACUGAAAUCCACCCUGUCUGCAGCCAGUAAAACAGCAAGGGAUGCCUACCAGGCGUGCAAUAAUUCUCUUCCCCACUGAUUUGGUGAAUACGCACAAUUUACGAACUUUAUCAAUUUUCAAUGUAGCUCAUUUAUAUCAUCACUUGUAUGGUUCUGUUUGAUUCAUUACCCUAAAUGUAACAGCAUACCAUGGGCAUGUUAUUUUCUUGAACUGUAAUUAAGUGUCUUAUAGGCACUUUCAUGCAUCUAUUGCAAAUGUAUCAAUUGAUUUGAAUUGAUGAUUCAAUGCAUCGUGGUGCCACAUACCUAGUAAGACUCAAGUCAUCUGAAGUCGGGAAUUGGAAUUUGGAUCAUUUGGACAAGUAGAGUUGUCUCCGUGUAUUUAUAUAUCCACUUAUAUUUUCCGAUUAGUACAGUUAGCUACGUACGGUGCAAAAGAAGGUCAACAUACCGUACAUACGAACGGAGAAGAUGUAGAGCUGACGUGCGAAUGUGCAGGGCACAGUGGACGUUGCCAUCACUGGUCCGGUGUGCUUUGCAGGGCCCGUGGUGGUGAUGAAGAUGAAAUGUUGACGGUUCUCGCGCUCAGAGAUGCCGAGUGGGCAGUAUCCCACUACACAGAAUCACCGUGGGCUUAAAUUUAGAAUUAUAUAUAUAAUACAUAUAGUAGUGUACAGGUAUGUUAAUUGUUUUUCAAAAAUUACCGAUUUUUUUUGUACAGUGUGGUGUGUGAGAUGAAAAAAUUAAAUCUUUAUAUUCCAA